UUAGGCCAAAGUCACAGUAUUUCAACAAUAAACUAAUGAGCACAGACAUGAGGUCAUUUACAAAAACAUGUCAAACACCAGAAUAUCUCAGUUUAUUGAUCAAAUACAGAACCACUUUACUGGAACUGUUGCGUUUGUGGCACCUCGGAAUUUUGAUAACCCUCCUAAUCUUGUCCCUUUUUACUUCAAUCUCUAAUAAUCUCGGAGCCUCAUUUUGUACCUUAGUGUUUCUGUUCAUUCCCACAUUCCACUGACUGUGGACCAGAUGACUGAAUUAAUUUAUGUCCCUUUGAAAAUAAGACUUCUCUUUGUCAAUAAAGUUUCCAGAUCUCCCGGACGUUGUUCCAGUGAGCGCAUGCGCACUCCAUGCUCCGUAUUGCGGAGGGCACUGCCGCAGCUGUCAGAGGAUCGGGUUCGGGUCCAGGAAUGUGAGUCCGUGCCUUUUACUGCGGACUGGACCCUGAUGAUCCGGGUCUGUGGGGUUAACGGAGCCCAUGUGUCAGAUCAAGUCCCCAGUCUGAGCCCGGAGACAUGAAGGACCCCGGACCCGCCUGAGGACACGGGCAGGGUUCGGACUGGUUUAUUUCGGUCGGACUCGGUUCGGUUGGACUGGUUCCUUUGGGUCGGGGCCAUGGCCUCGGUCACCGUCGGCUCGUCGGACCGGAGCCUCCACAAACACCGCCGCUGCUUCUCUCUGCUCUUCUACCGGGCCGUGCGGGACCUCAAGCCGGUUUGGAUGCUGGAGGACAUGCGAACGAUGGAGACUUUUUACACGGAGGAGGAGGACGGCCACCGGACCUACACCCCCUCGGAGGCUCUGCUGUACGCUAUCGUCCACGACCACCAGGCGUACGCCCGGUACCUGCUCCGCCGGUACACCGGCCAGGCGCUGUCCAAGCCCGCGGAGCGCUUCUGCUGCUGCCCGGCCUCCGCUCCGCACCUGGCCAUGGCCGUCCGCUAUGACCGCCGCUAUAUCCUCGGCCUCAUCCUGCAGGAGCUGCACCGGACACCCGGCGGACCCUCCGGGACCCACGGCGGCGGCUGUUUCCACCCGGACGACGGCAGAAGCCCGUUACAUCUGGCCUGCGAGCUCGUGCGGCCCGAGGCCGUUAUUAUGCUGCUGGGGAACGGCGCGUGCCCGCAGGCGCGGGACCGGGACGGACUGACCCCCUUGGAUGUGAUCCUGCAGAAGCUCCGGGACUGCGAGGACGUGAAGGGCGGGGCCAGGAGGCGGUGCCUGGACCACAUGCUCUUGUUCAUGCCCAAGGUCCACUUCCACAUGAAGGCGGAUCUGGACUCGGAACCGGACCGCUGGACCAGGGUCCUGGGCGAAGACACGUUCAAGUACCUGCUAGGCAGGAGUCCGGCCCCGCUGGUCCUCACCGCCAUGCAGACGGUCCUGCAGCAGCUGAGCCCCGCCUCCUUCACGGACAGCCUGCACGAGCUGCCCAUUCCGCCCUCCCUCAAACCGGAGGGCCUGCCCGGGGGCGCGCGCGAGACCGACAGGACGGUGUAGCUCCGUCACGUCACGGCUCCACUUCAACCUGUUAGGGUUAACCCUAACCCUAGUGUUAACUCGAGAGUUAACCCUAACCCUAGUGUUAACCCUAACCAAACUGUGUGUGUGUGUGUGUGUGUGUGUGUGUGUGUGUGUGUGUGUGUGUGUGUGUGUGAGAUGUGGUAACACUUCCUUAUCAGGCUGCACAGCUGAGGUAUGGAGGAAGACAGUUAGGGUUAACAUGGGUUAGGGUUAACAUGGAGGUUAGAAGAAUGUUAUGUGGACUCUGGUUGAACCCUACCUGCCUUCAUUUGCAUGUGUUCAGGACUUUCUACCUGCAGAAAUCCAUGGUGGGUUCUGCUGAAGCCAGAUUCAAAUCCAAUGGAUCAGAUAGAACCGAUCAGAUAGAACCGAUCACAGAUGGUCCAAUGCACUUUACAAAGUUUUGACCCAUUUUUUUAAUGCUUUGAAUGAUUAGGGUUUUUU